CCAUACUAGGCUGCAGAUCAGAAGAGCCCAUUCAAACAGCUCCAUUGUGAGUGGACAAUGAUGGAAAGAAGUUGGGAUCGAAUGGAAACCAGGUGGAGUCGUUUAUGUACGACAAGAAAAGAUGGAGACUUGGGGAGACGCAGUUGCUGGCUGAACUGACCUUCUUCCUCUCCUCCUUUUCUUUCUUCUUUCUUCUACCAUCUUCAGCUUCUACAUCGACAUCUCGACUGCCUUCUAAUACCUCGACUAAUUGACAACGAGCCACUUCCUACUGAUGGAAAGCCCUUGAGCCUGGUGGUUGCUGGUUUAUCCCGUACAGGAACUGCUUCCUUAUAUCUGGCCCUUCAGGAACUGGGAUAUACUCCUUGGCACAUGUGCGAACCUAUCUCCGAUCCUCGUCGAAUGUACCAUCAAUGGACCGAAGCGAUGAACUGCAGAUACUUUGGCAGAGGCAAGCCCUACAACAGAGAGGAUUUUGCUCGCCUACAUGGCAAAUACGAUGCCCUUCUCGACAUCCCCGCGUGUCUCUUCUGGGACGACUUUCACCGGCUUUACCCAGACACCAAAAUAAUCCUGCCCUCGCGCUCUGUGGACUCGUGGUACCAGUCAGUUCACAAGACCAUAAUCGCAUGGAUGCGAAAACCGUCUCUGAAUAUCCUCCAGUGGGUGGAGCCUGAGCGGUUGCGACCCGAGAUGCUCAUGGUCAAGACGGCGUACAAGGUGAUCUGUAACAACGACUACGAUAGCGAUCUUCCUAAGCAACGAUACUUGGAGCACAAUGCGAGGGUGCGCGCGGGGGUGUCGCUCGACCGGUUCUUAGAGCUGAAGCCGGGCGAUGGGUGGGAACCCCUGUGUGCGUUUCUGGAAGUGUCUAUACCGGACAAGCCGUACCCCAAGAUAAACAAUACGAACGAGUUCAUCGAGGGCGCGGAUCAGGCGGAUUCAGAGACAUUGGAGAGACUGACCAGACCGGGGUUGAUGUUCGCAUUGCCAGUGGCGGUGGUUGGGCUGACGAUAGUCUGGUGGAUGCAGAAGCAUUAACUAGCACUUUUGGUCAAUACGAGUCUUGAAGAAUCAAAGAGGAACUUUGGUUAUCGUACGAGUUCAUCUACAUGCAUUAGUGCGAUUUCCCUCUGCUCUUAAAUUUGGGGUAUUGAAGCGACGCAAGGCUGGCUGAAAACUUCCGGAUUGUCCGGAGCGAACAUACAGAGCUGCAGCCUUGCCCC